AUGGUCAAAAAGAGUAACGGUAAAUCUGGUGUGCUAUCUAGUUUGGUUUUCUGUUGCUCUGGAACACUCAGCAAGAAACGAUCGGAUGUGGAGAGUGAUAUCAAGAAGAAUGGAGGAAAGACUUCAUCAUCAGUGACCAACUCGACUAAUUUUCUGAUCACAACAGAACAUGAAGCUCGUGGUAUUCCUACGUCAAAGGUGAAUAAUGCAAAAGCAAAAGAUGUUCCUAUUGUGAGUGAAGAUUUUCUAUGGAAGUGUAUUGAUAGUGGAAAGGUUGUAGAUUAUAGAAAGUACUUGUUGAUAUCAGGAAGUGGCAGUGGCAGCCAUUCGGAUGAUAGUGGCAGUGAUUCGGAUAGUGAUUCCAAAGCUAAGAAGAAGAGGAAAACAUCAUCGAAAUCAACUGCCAGUAGUUCUGGUAAGGCAAGCAGUUCUGGAAGCAAGAUUAUCAAAUUUAAAGAGUUUAACAAGUUGCCAGACGAAAUUGUUCGUCAGAUCUUCACAUUCUGUUCAGUUUCUGAUUUGAUUAGAUUGUCUUGUAUUUCAAAAUUCAAUACCCUUAUUGCUGAUGAAACAGAAGAGGAAACAGUUGCAUUUUUACUUUCUGUUAGAAAUCAAAAUGUGAAAUCUAGAGUUGAAAAUAAUCUGUUUCACCAUAUUCAUGAUAAUGAAUACGAAUUUAAAGGAGAGCCAGUAUUAAAGUUAACACCUGAGGAGAUCUGCAACUUGCAGAAAUCCAUUGGUAGAUUAGCUAUCACUGCUGAAAAGAGAAAGGAUUGGAAAAAGAGAGUCCAAAAAGCCAUUCAAGUCGAUGUCACCAAUCACAAGCAUGCAAAGAGAACAGACUACAAUUCCUCAACUAUCUUCCACUUGAUUAAGAGUGAAGAGGCCAUGAGUAGAUAUUUCACAACUGGUCUCAAAUAUUCUCGAAUCUAUUUCAAAGACGAGGAUGACGGUGAUGAGGACGAGGAUGAUGAUGAUGAAGAGGAAGGAAAAGUAAAAAGAAAGAAUACUUAUAAGGGAUCAGUUAAACUUCAACUCAAAAAGACAUUGGAUAAUAUUGAAAAAUUUGAAGAGUUGGAUCUUGCCAAAUUUGAAGAAGAUUUCCACGAUAAGAAGCCAAAGAUAUUCAUUGAUUGGAUCAAGCAGAAUUCUAAGAAAUUACAACAAAUCAAUUCAAUUAACUUGUUAAAUGUUGAUGAAGAAGAUAAUGAUGUAUGCUAUAUUCAACAAGAUGACAUGACUAGUGUUUUCAAUAGCCUCCCAAAGUUGUCAUUUUGGAGAUCUAAGGGUGGUGAAAAUUUGAACAUUUCAGCUCAAUUCAGUCACAUCAAUCUCAAGUCUCUUGUUUUAAUUUCUGCCUCACUGAGCACAGAUUUUUUAACAAAUUUAUUCAAUGCCUAUCUUCCAAAUUUAACUCAUUUGGAACUCUUUAUAGGACUUUCAGUUGAUGGAUGCAAUGAUGAAUUUAUGAAGAAUUCCAAAUUACUUUCCAAGGAUGAGAAGGGAAUCUUUCCAAGUUUGACCUAUCUAGGUUUGAGAAAUUUUGAGUUUCUUAAUCAAUGCACAAAGACAAUUUUCGAAAGUGCCAUCUCAAAGAGAGUUCACAUUAUUGAUUUUUCUCUUUCAAACCUUAAUGAUAAGGGAGUUAAUGAAUUUGUAGAACUUUUGGAAAGUGGAAUUGAAAGUGAUUAUUUACAUUUACAAAUUCUAGACCUGAGUCACUGUUUCGUCUCCAAUAAGGUGAGAAGUAGAUUGAAUCAACUUCCAAUUAUUGUGAAUACAUCUCCAGCAGAAUGUUAUAGCGGUGCAGAAGAUGAAGAAGGUGACAUUUAUCUUCAUUCACAUUAA